CAGUGAUUUCAUUUUCACUAUCUAAAGUCCAAACAUUUUCUCUUCUUCUUCCUUCCUCUCUCUCUCUCUCUGAACAACAACUACAGAUGUGGUUGCACCAACACUUUCACUAUCUUGGAUCUCUGCUGGUUAAGAGUCAUGGUAUUUCAGAUGGUUGUUGCUAAUCACUCUAAACACUUCCACUUCCACCUUAAAUAGAAUAAUAUAAUAUUCUUUCUUCUUCUUCUUCUUUUAUUGAAUCUCAAGUUUAAAUUUUCAAUGGAGGUUGUUUAAUCCUGGAGGAGUAAAGUAAUCAUAUCAAUUUUGCGAUGGAAUCUUAUAAACCUGAAAGUGACGCUGUAACCAAUACGGAAUUUGGAAAUAGUGUUAAUGAGCAGUUAGGGGAAAAUUUGGCUUUAAACAAAGUAAACAUGAUUGCCAAUAGUAGUAUAGAAAAUGUGUUGUCACUGGGAGACACAGAGACUGUUAACUCAUUGGUAGGUGGAGUUGGAGAUGGAUCAAAAAUUCACGAGGAAAUGAGCGGUUUGUCUGUAUCUAAGGAAUCAGUUGAGAAAGUUAAGGAUCGAAUGAAGGAUUCUGAACCGUGUAAGAGCCAGGGUAAGAGCAAGAGUGAGAAGCCUUCCAACCCUAAACGUCUUUCGGCAACCUUAUCUAAAAAGGUCAAAGAUGGGAAAGAUAAGGAUGCAGAAACUGCUGUCUCAAAUGGUUCAUCUAGUAGUGGGAAAAGUGCUGAGCGCAACAAAAUUGUUGACCCAAUCAAGCCAAAGAAAUCAGGAUCAACACCGCUUGCUGCUUUGCAUGUGCAAGAUUCUGGAUUGAAGGUCUCACAGUCUCAAGGUCAUGGUCUGAAGGAGCAAAUGAAGAAUCUAAAGCCUCUUAAUCAAGCUUCUGUGGGUAAAGCUGAAGAAAAUGCUCAUUUGGCUUCCUCAAGUCCGACUGCAGGAGACCCAAAACCCCAGAGAGUGGGUAAUAUGCCUUCCUAUGGCUUCAGUUUUAAGUGUGAUGAGCGAGCUGAGAAAAGAAAAGAGUUCUACUCAAAACUCGAGGAGAAGAUUCACGCAAAGGAAGUAGAGGAAAGUACAUUACAAGAAAAAUCCAAGGAGACUCAAGAAGCUGAGCUUAAGCGUCUAAGGAAGAAAUUAGCCUUUAAAGCUACACCAAUGCCAAAUUUUUAUCAGGAACCAGCUCCUGCUAAGGUGGAACUGAAGAAGAUACCACCUACGAGAGCUAAGUCUCCUAAACUUGGCCGCCCGAAAAUGUCACCUGUGGCUAACACCAUAGGUAAUGCAAGUCAAAUUGGUCGGCCUGCCAGGAUGAGUUUGGACGAGAGAGUUUCAAGAGACAGCCCUGCCAAAGUGUCACAACCUCAGCAAUCUAAGCAGUCACUCAGAAAGUCUCUUCCCAAGCUGCCCUCAGAAAAAUUCCCUUUGCCAAAAGAGAGUGAUGUUGCAUCUACUCAACAAUCAAGUGAAACCAGAUUGAAUCAUGAUGGUGAACCUGAUCAAAACAUUGACUAUGCGUCCCUUGCCCAGACAAGUCAUAUCAAAUCUAACCAUGACGCCACUCCCCUUCCUGAAGAGCAACCACAAAAAGAAAUAUGUGAAUGAAGUGGAUAGCCCUUCCCGUUCCAAGGUCAGUUUUUUUGUCGAGAUGUCUGUUGAUUAUCAAAUGUAAUGUAAUGUUGCAACAUUGAAUUAUUGAAUGAAACUUUUCUCACUCCACAGGUUCUUUACUA